GCCGAUUCAGAAUCCGAAGCUGACAAUAGUAACGAAGAGACUGCUAUCCUUAGAGUUAAUAGAAGAUAUUCCCUCUACAGAAUCGAUACCAAAGUGGAACUAGGCGAAAUAGCCGCUCUCUAUUUGAAUAAAUUCGGUCAUUUGUUAUUUUUCUCCUCUUUGUGCAUUUACCUAUUCGGAGACUUGACAAUAUAUGCCGCUGCUUCCGGAAAAACAAUAGUCAAUCUCAUUUGCAUCAACGCAAAUGAGACGGAAGACUACAGUUCGAGGUGUUUUCACUUUUCGGACAUAGCCAAAAUAGAUAUGUACAGAAUAUUCGUCGCUGUGUUCGCCCUGUCGGUGGGCCCGUUCGCCUACUUCAACGUACAAAAAACUAAAUAUUUACAGUUGUUCACCAUAAGUAUACGAUGGUGCGCUUUUUUUAUAAUGGUUACCGCAGCCAGUAUUAGGUUGGUGAAUAUGGGCCAGCAGGGUCACCCCGAAAUGAUGAACCUCAAGGAGGUUCCAGCCCUUGCUGGUUCUAGUGUGUACAGUUUCAUGUGCCACCACUCGUUACCAGCGCUGAUUGCGCCAAUUUCAGACAAGAAUCGUAUCAUGAGAAAAGUCAGUUACGAUUUCUACUUGAUCUGCGCUUUCUACCUGCUACUAGCUUUAACGGGUUCGUUUGCUUUCGCGGUCGUCGACGACUUGUAUUCCCUGAAUUUCACCUAUGACGACGACUCUAACCUCUUCCGCAAGAUUAUCGGGUUUUUUCUGGUCGCCUUUCCCUUAUUUCCCAUGUCUACAAGUUUUCCUAUAAUUGCGAUAACCUUACAGAGCAAUUUGAAGAACCUGGUUCUGAAGCCCACUGUCAGGCCAAACUUGAUAGUGAACCAUCUAGUGUUUCCGACGCUGGCCGUCGUCCCUCCAGUUGUUAUGGCGCUUUGCACGCACAAUAUCAAGUAUUUAGUGGAAAUUACGGGUUCCUACGCGGGAGUAAUGGUCCAGUAUGUUGUACCCGCCAUUCUUGUGAUUGAAGCUAGAAAGCAGUGUGCCAAAGAUUUCGGAUCCUGCGUUCAUAAGUAUUCGAGCCCGUUUAGGCACCGGUAUUGGUUUGCAUUUGUCAUCGUUUGGUCGGUGAUCAGUUUGAUUUUUGUCACAGUGGAUUUUAUUUGGAAUAAAUGAAUUUAUUUUAUUAUA